UGUAAUAACCGAAAAAAAAAAGCGAGGAAGAAUCUGCUUCUCUCCAUUUUCGCUGUGACCGCCGCUUCCAUCGAGGGCUUAUAGAAGAAGCCGAAUCGCAAUCCGCCUGAUUUCUCAUUCUGUCUUCCAUUGUUGAUUUUACAGAAGAAGCAAAUCAAAUCGCCGCUUCCAGGGUUAGGGUUUAUAGAAGAAGCCGAACCGCAAUCUGCCUGCCUUUGAAUCGAAGUGAGAUGGCGAGAAUGGUCAGGAGAAUGGCUGCUUUCACAUUGGCUUCUGCUUCGAGUUUGGUUCAGACUCAUCAUUGCCUCGGGAGAGGUACUCUUAACACUUUCUCAGAUUGUUCCUCUGUUUUAAGUUGUCGGAGAUUUGCUUCUUCUGGUGUUGGAGACUACAGAGACAGAUUGAGAUUAGGGUUUCAUGAUUGUAAUGUCGGUGAGGCUGUUGCUUUGUUCGACCAGAUGGUUGGGACUCGUCCCUUGCCUCCCAUUGUUGAUUUUAGUAAAUUACUGACUGCAAUAGCCAAAAUGAAACGGUAUGAUGUUGUGAUUUCUCUCUGCAAGAGAAUGGAAUUGCUCCGGGUUUCACAUGACAGCUACACUUUGAGCAUUCUCAUCAACUCUUUCUGCCGCUCAGGACAAGUGGUUUUGGGCCUUUCGGUUUUGGGAAAAAUCCUAAAACUGGGUUACGAGCCUCAUGUUAUCACGUUUACUACCCUGAUCAAUGGAUUUUGUAUCCAAGGGAAGUUUUCUGUGGCGUUAAGUUGGGUUGACCAAAUUAUAAAAGAGGGAUAUAAACCUAAUGUUGUAACAUAUACAACUUUGGUCAACGGACUUUGUCGAGAGGGGAGAGUUUCUGAAGCUGUGAGUUUAGUUGAUAAGAUGUUAAAGUUGGGGUAUCAACCAAAUGUAGUUACUUAUGGCGUUGUUGUCAAUGGGAUUUGCAAGUCGGGUGAUUGUGCUUUGGCAUUGAAUCUGCUCAUGAAGAUGGAGGAGAGGAACAUUGAGGUCAAUGUCAAAAUUUAUAAUACCGUCAUUGAUGGUCUUUGCAAAGGUGGACACAUAGAUGAUGCAUUGAGCCUUUUCGAAAAGAUGGAUAGCAAAGGGAUUGCUCCAAAUGUUGUCACCUAUAGUUGUUUGAUAAACGGCCUUUGCGUUUUCGACAGAUGGAACGAUGCUGUCCGAUUGUUGAAUGAUAUGGCCAAAAGAAAAAUCUUCCCUAAUGUUGUCACUUUCAAUAUAUUGAUCGAUGCGUUCGUUAAAGAAGGAAAGUUUUUGGAGGCUAAAGAAUUGUGCGAAGAGAUGACUCGAAGAGGUUUAGUUCCGACUACUCUUACAUAUAAUUCAUUGAUCGAUGGGAUGUGCAUGCAGAAUCGCCUUGACGAGGCGAAACAAAUGAUCGAUUCUAUGAUCAACAAAGGAUGUUAUCCGGAUGUGGUGACUUUUAAUUGUCUGAUAAAUGGUUAUUGCAAGUCUAAUAAGGUUGACGAGGGUAUGAAGCUCUUUCAUGAGAUGUCUCGAAGAGGGUUGGUCAGUGAUACAUGUACUCACAGCACUCUCAUACAAGGAUUUUUCCGAGCAGGCAAUGUCAAGGUCGCCCAAAAACUCUUUUCAGAGAUGAAGAGUCAAGGUGUGGAUCUUGAUCUUGUAACAUACACAAUAAUGCUUGAUGGUCUUUGUAAGAAUGGGAAACUUGACGAGGCACUUCAACUAUAUUGCGAGUUGGAAACGAGUGGGAUUGACCUCAAUAUCUUUGUCCAUAGUAUUAUGAUUAAUGGUUUGUGUAAGGCUGACAAGGUUGACGAGGCAGUCGGAUUGUUUAAUAAACUUUCGGAUAAAGGGGUUGAUUCGGAUGUAAAGACCUACACUACAAUGAUUACUGGAUUUUGUCGUAAAGGUAUACUCGGUGAAGCCGGCAAGCUGUUUAAGAAUAUGAAAAAGAUUGGUUGUAUGCCAAAUGAUUGUACGUAUAAUAUACUGAUCCGAGGUCAUCUCAAAGGUGGCCAUGUUGCAACUGUUAUCGAGCUGAUUCGAGAAAUGCGAAGCCAUGGUUUUUCUUCAGAUGUUUCAACAAUGGAAAUGGUUGUUGAUAUGUUAUCGGACGGGAGAUUGGAGAAAAGUUUUUUGGAUCUUCUUUCUCGGUGAGCUGUAAUGCGGAGCUUGCUUUCGGUCAUGGAAGUCGUGUGACAACGAGGUGAACGAGAAGAUUAUGAGUUGCUGGAAGUGUAUUAGCUUCGUCAAUCUGAUCGAGAAAGCUCAGGAAAGC